CAAUUGGCUGUCAUCCUUUCCGACACAACACGUGUUUACAAACGCAGCAAAGGAAUUUUCUGCGUAUAUUUUUUCCAUAAAAUUCGCAAUGGGCAGGAAAAGGCGUGCGAAAAAUAACAAUGUGAAGAGGGAGAGGUUUGCUGUGAAGGAAUUGGCAAGGUUAAAAAAAUGCUUAGGACUAAUUGACGACAAGGGGAACGAAAUUUCAAAGGAGGUCAAAGAAAUUGCAACUGUCACAGAUGCAAAAAGUAUCAAAAAGAGAAACAAGGAUGCCAUGCUUGUUGACGAUGAAGCUCCAGCUUCCUCCAAAAAAGCCCCCAAAACGGUGAAGAUUUUCAACGAGAAAACGCAAGUUGAACAUGUUUACAAUGCAAAAACAAUGAAGGAUCAAUUUGGGAAUUACCCAGUUUGGUAUAAAAGGCAACUGGAGAAGCGGAAGAAGAAAGUCAGAGGAAACAACAAUGGGGAAAAAUCCAGACACGGCCGACGUCAAAAUCUAUUUACAGCUACUAAUCCUUACAUGAACGUUGAAUACUGAAUAAAUAUGUUUUACUCAGUCAAA